AUGGGUGGUUUACCGGUGAUCAUAAAAGUCGCUCUGCUGAUCGUGUUUACAGUGGUGUGUUGCAACUUUGAAACAUCUGAAGCUGCACUUUCACAAUAUGAUUACAAAAUGAUCCAUAAGGUUAACAAACAUGGUCCUUACAUUGGUUUACUCGUCUCCAAAGAUUCAGAGUUGCAACCAUUCUUGAAGUCGCCGAGCUUUCAUCUCAAUAGUAAAAUUUCUCAUGUAGUUUUAUCAGGAAGAAGAUUUUACAUUGGAUAUCUUGGUAACAAGAAGAUGAUAGUCGCCAUGACUGGGAUGGGCAUGAUGAAUGCAGCAAUUACUACACAAAUUUUAUGUGGGAAUUUCAAAAUUAAGCUCGUUUUUCACUAUGGAUUAGCGAGUAAUGCUGAUCCUAAAAGGAAUAUGGGUGACAUAUUGAUUCCUCAAUAUUGGGCUCAUACCGGAUACUGGAACUGGCAGAAGUAUGGGUAUGGUCCGGAUGAUGAAUUAGCUUUCGAAAAAGAAGGAUAUUAUACGAGAGAUUAUGGUUACUUAAAAUUUGCUGAUUAUUACACAAACAAGACUGGUGAGAAGGACAAUGAUUAUUCGUAUGUUAAUUAUCUAAACAACAUUUGGUAUCAACCCGAAGAGACAUUUCAUGUUGAUGAAACAAAAGAUUCAGUUUUUUGGGUGCCUACUCCAUAUACGUACUACGAAACAGCAAAGAAACUAGAGGUAGUACCAUUAGCAGGAUGCACAUGCACAAAAGAAGGCACGUAUUGCUUGCCGAAGACACCAAAAGUAGUAGCAGUGGAAAGAGGGAGCAGUGCAAGCAUGUAUACAGAUAAUUAUGCAUACAAGAACUUCUUAAAUUCAAAAUUUCAUGUCAGUUCAUGUGAUAUGGAAGGAGCAGCAAUUGCCUUGGGCUGUCAUGAACAUUAUAUUCCUUUUCUUGGAUUCAAAGCUUUAUAUGAUGAAGGUGCUCCUCCUAAUCCAGCACAACCUCCCUCUUCUUCUCCCUCGACUCCUCCUACCUCUUCCCCUCCCUCUCCAUCUCCCUCGACUCCUCCUACGUCUUCCCCUCCCUCUCCACCGCCCUCGACUCCUCCUACCUCUCCGGACUAUCCUCCUCUCUACCCUCCCACUCCUUCUCCCUCUCCGGCCUAUCCUCCUCCAUACCCUCUCACUUCUUCUCCAUCUCCGGACUAUCCUCCUCCUUACCCUCCAGCUUCUCAUCCCUCCCCCUCUUCCUCUUCCUCGCACUCUCUUUAUCCAUCCUUUAUUUCCUUUUCUUCUCCCUCUACUCCCACUGAUGACGUUUCCGUCGCCGCUGAAGAGAAGAGUAGUAUGUAUGGUCUCUUGAUUGAGAAUUGCAUUAAAGUUACAACUGAGUUUGUUACCAAGUAUAACCAUCAUAUGAGUGAUGAUGUGUGUAUUAGCUCUUCUUAGAGGUCGUUUUUGGCAAACUGAAAUUCUUGCAGCUGCAUUUCGGGCUAGCUAAGUCAUUGCGUCCAAGGAACAAGGGAAAAUCAAACUUUGGUGUACUGCGUGUAUUUUUAUUUUGCUUUUACUUUUACUGGAAUGUUAUAUGU